UCAGGUGCAAGCGGACCCUGCUGUAUCCGCCGUUUAUUGUAGGCUACCAUAGUGUCAGUGUCAGUGCAUCUCUGUCAGUACAACAUGUCUAUUUCGACACAAAAUAUUCACCCUCUUAGCCUUUCCGGCGAUGUGGCGAAUAACUUCUCGACCUGGCUUCAACAAUUUAAAAUAUUUUUGAUUGCAGCAAACCUUGAUGAGGCUCCAUCCAAACAGAAAGUGGCCUUGUUUCUUGCCCUGAUUGGACCUCAAGGGCUGGCAGUUUUUAACUCAUUCAAUAAAGACUCAGAUGCAAUCAAAUUUGAGGAGUUGGUCCAACUUUUUAAAGAACAUUUUCUCCCCACAAAAAACUUGACAGUUGAACGUCACAAAUUCUUCACUCGAGUGCAGCAGCCAGGUGAGAGUAUUGAUGACUUUGUCACUGCCUUAAAGACACUGAGUAACUCCUGUGAAUUUGGGUCAUUGACUGAUAGUCUGGUGAAAGAUAUUUUGAUUUGUGGACUCAAUGACAGUCACACUAACAUUAAAGAACGCCUGCUCCAGGAUCCGGACCUUAACCUAGAAAAAGCACUGCAAGUGUGCCGAUCAGUGGUGAUGUCCCAACAGCAUGUCAAAGCCCUCCUGUGCCCUACUUCUGACUUGACAAUUGGAGCAGUGAACAGACGAUUUCUUUGGGAUGGAUCAAACCAGUUUCAUCAACCAGCCAACAACUCAGGUUAUGUUCACACUCCCAGUAACUCUGGUGAUGUCAUUCAACAGGAUCAUUCUUCAACCCAACCUUUCCGGUCAGGACAAGUGAAUCAAAGACCAAAUAUGCCGCCCAUUUGUGAUAAGUGCGGCCAGGUGCAUCGCUUCAAGUGCCCAGCACUUAAUAAAACAUGUAGUAGGUGUGGUCGUUUGAACCCCUUUGCUAAAAUGUGUAGAAGCAAGACAGUGAUGUCAAUUGAAUACCAUCAGUCUCAGCCACAAGAAAAUCAAGCGAAUACUUCUGACACUUCUUGCUCAGACGGCUCAGGUCAACUCUCCCAAUCACAGAUGCACUUCUAGCUCCGACUCUGGCAGGCCAUUCCAAGCACAAGGAACAAUGCCAGCAGCAACAACUGAGAGCUCAAGAACAGUUUGGCAAACAUGUACGCCAGCUACCUCCUCUUUGUGUUGGUGAAUCUGUCUUCUUCAAGCUCACUCCUGACAGCAUCUGGUCCCCUGCUACAGUGGUAUCUAUUGAUGAAAUGCCUAGGUCAUACACAGUGAAGUCAGCCUCUGGACACACUUACAGACGGAAUCGUAAGCACCUUCUGAAGCAGUCAGGUAGGAAAGGCUUGACUCCAUUAGUUGGCACACAUCAUACUGGAUAUCAUAGAGACCAUACAACAAAUGUGGAUGCAACUGGUAAUGUCAGCCAAAAUGUUCCCCCACAACCUAAUAUGUAUUUUUCUGUACCUCUCUGGGGUGAAAAUGAGGACACUACAGGGGAAAUGAACAGUGAGAUUUCAGAUGGUGGCUCAAGUGGGGACUUUAUGGGUUUCCCUGACAAUGUCUGUCAUACUAGUUUACCUGAUCUGUCUUUUUCAUUGGUUGGUGGUCUCACUCAAGGGAGGGGAAAACGUGUUAUUAGAAGGCCAAGAAGAUUCUCAUUUUCUGAGUAUACAACAUAGAUAUAAGACAUCCCUUUGAUUCUCAUAUUAAUUAUCUCUUCUUUUGUAUAGUUAUCUCUGAUGAUUGUAUUGUUUUCUUCUACUUGUAUUAUGUAUUUUGAUUACUCCUGAAGGUAUAUAGAUUUAUUACUAUUGUUUACUCUUAUGUUGUUCUUACUGUAGUUCUGUAUGACUUAUUCACACUAAUUCAUAAAAUGUAAAAUUUGUAAAAUGUCACAAUGUAAAAAAAAAAAAGCGUGUUGUGUGUAGGUUGGCAAUAGUCAAUCAUCUGUUUUAGGCGCCAAGUGCCGUGCUGGCUGGUGCUUAGAGGUUAGGUCUUCAUGUCAUGUUAUGUUAUUGUCGUUUGUCGUUUUAUAUUGUCAAUUGAAUAAAGUCUAAUUAUCAAUACAGUCUAAUUAUCUAUCCACUUAAAACAAAACCUAUUGAUGUAAGCGACUUAUCCAAAAUGAUUGGAGCCUGAUAGAAAAAAAUCAAAAAUAUUGGUUCAAUGUCUACGUCUACAAAUAUUUUAUAUUAUAUCUGAUAGUUCAUGUGCACAAAAUUUGUAAUUAAUACUUUGGAAAAUAUUUCAUACAGUACUUCCAAUGUGUCCUCUCUUUAAGAGAUUAAGUAAAUCUCUUAAUAGUCACUGUAUAAUGUACAAAAAGGUUUACAAUAGUUUGUUGGGGUCCAUUAACAAACAAUCAUUGAAAAAUAUAAUUUGUUCCUCAAUAAAAUAUAAUUGAUUAUUCUUUAACGAUAAUGAACAGUAAAUAUUACAUCAAUUAACCGGUAUCAGUUACCCUCCAAGGAAGGCAUUGACAAGACAGAGGAUCGGCAACGUUGUUCUCCUAUUUUUCACCACUGCCAUUAUAACGUGAACCUCACUAUAGCUAUCACAAUUUUUAUAAACAAUAACAGUAAGUUGUGAAAUGUAUUAUGUGUAAUAAUAAAUACUGAAUUUAUAAUCAUGAUUCUUUCAAUCUUUUAAUGAUCAUCAAGUUUAAUGUUCUACAGGACUAGACAUCCCAAUUUUAAAUUGACAAACUUAGGUAGUUUUUUGUACUAUAUAUGUUGUGGAAUAAUGAAUAGCCUACGGUACUACAAAUAAUAUAAUCCCUUCAAUUGUUUUCUAGGGAUAACUAUCUACCUAUAAUUCAAAAAUUGAUAUGCUUUAAAGUUUUAAAUGUUUCAAAUAAAAAGGUACUUCACGUUUUUAUAUUGUUUUAAAUAAUUUUAAUAGAGUAGCCCAUACAAGUAAAAGUGAUUUUAUUAUAAUUCCUUUUAUCUUCUUAUAAUAAUCAAUUUUAUAAACGUUUGUACGUUCGUAAAAAAGUCGAAAGUUAAUAAGCAUGAUGUAGAAAUAGAUGAAUAUGAUUUUGAGAAUAAAUAAUGAUUCAUCCAUCAA